AUGAAAUUGUGGCCUGAGGUCUAUGAAGAGGUGUUGGCUGAGGUCGACAGCAUUCAGAGUGUCUUACAGGGCCCCAGUGUCUUGGUUUGUGUGGGCCGUGAACCAUUCCACCCACAUUUGUUGGACAGUUUCCAGAAAAAUUCUGAAGAUAAACUUCCCAAACUGAUCUUGAAGUCACAGUCCAGUACCUGCAAUGAGGAUCAAGGGUAUAAGAAAAAUGUCAACUUUGGACUGAAAUCCAAGAAAAGAGUUCCAUCAGGUCCUUUUCCUAAAGCCAGAGAGAAUAUUCUGGAUGAUGACAUCGAGAAGCGGGUGCUUGUCAAUAAAGAUGGCAGCUUGUCAAUGGAGAUGAAAGUGCGGUUUCGACUGCUAAAUGAAGAGACAUUGCACUGCUCUACUGAGAUAAAGAAGUCCUCAUGCACUUUUAAUGUAUCUUUCCCAGGACAAGACAAUGUGAUCUCUCCCCAAUGUGGCCAUGGUGAAAGUUGCUCAGAGGCAGAGUCCCUGUCUGCUAGUGAAGCUGAUGACGUUUAUAUUACCAAACGUUACCAGAAGCAUUUGGAGGAGCCACACUGUAAACACUGCUGCACUCACUGUCAGGAGUAUAACAUUUGGAAAAAUCCAGCCCUGCUUAGUGAGCAUGAAACUCUGAGACACUAUGAAUCCACUAGCUCAAGUGCACUAUCACAUAGAAUAAAAUCCAAAAAGGAAUCUGUCGACAGUGUGCAUACCACAUCAUGUGAGGAAUACACUGAGCAGGUAGUAGAAAAGGCAACCUGCAUUCAGCAGUCUGUUGGGGAGGGGGACAAGGGUGACAGCACAGUUCAAUACUGUACCAUUAGUCGUUGUUGCAGUCGUAGUGAGGUGUGUUCAGUUUCCGCAAAGGCAAAGAAAGCAGGCUAUACUGAUGAGAAGUAUGGAAAAAAUGAAAGCAGUCAUGCAUACACUGAAGAGGAGAAAAGACCUGUUUCCUCUAAAAAUUUAAAGCAAGAUCAGCGUGUCCAGAAUACCCAGGUUUCAAUAGAAGAUGAAAGGCCUUUAUCUGUUGAAACCAAUUCCUCAGAUAUCCUGGCAUCCCUUAAAGAUGAUGAAGAUAGGGAGGAAACUGAUCUCUCUCCAAGUAAUUCCAGAGCAUCCCAAAGUAAUAAAGAGAAUGAGGAACAAACCAGAAAUGCUGUAGUGAGCCCAUAUUCGUUCACGCCCUGUAAGCCACCAGAAUCUCCAAAGCAGUCAUUAUCAACUAGGACAUCAAACACAGCUUCAUGCUGUUCAGAGAAAACCUCCAGAAAGGUUGUAAUCACAGAAACACAGGAAAAUGUGGACCAAGAUAAAAACAACACACCUUCAUCUACACCACAUAGGUGUCAGCAUAAAGAAUCAACAGAUGAGACUACAGAAAAUAGCACAUUGGAUGAGAAAUCGGAGGCAAUCAAUCAACCAGAAGAUGUCUUAAAUAAAAAUGAUGUCCUUGAUACAGAAACUGACACGAGGGCUCUAAAAUCAGUAUCUGAUUUAUCAAAACCAUGUGAUGAUAUUUCAGACGAUACAGUAGAAACUUUUCAAACAAAUGAAAAGGGAAGAUCAAGUGCCAUGUCAACAUCACCAAUUCCACAGGCAGAGUUAACUAUAUCCAAAACUCUUGUUGUAGCUGAACAAGAAUUUGUGAAUGUGAAAGAUCCAAUUGUAGCAUAUGCAUCAGAAGAAGAGAAUAUUGAAGCAACAUCACAUGCCAUGUCUGCUGACUCAGAUACAUCUGAGUCUCCAGUAGGAAAAAACAAAACUGAAGAACCAGCUGAUGUCAUUAAUGAAGAGAAUGUAGCAAGUGCCAUGUCACCUAAAUCAGAUGUGUCAGCGAGAUCAAGUCAGUCCAGAUUGUCAGAGGUGUCUUGUAAAGAAAGAAAGAAAGCUGAACUACAAAAAGGGGAACGAGCUAAAAGUGUAUUGUCUGUACAUUCCAAUGCAUCUACAAUCUCAAUGCAGUCAACGGUUUCAGAACUACUAGCUAAUGGGAGUGAAGACCAGACAGAUGUGGGGAAAUCUGAGUUGAGAGAAAUGGAAGACCAAAUAGAAGACAGAUCUCCUAGCAUCAUGUCUGUCAAAUCUAGUAUCUCAGAAGCUACUCAUGUAAAACUUGUGAAAGUACAGUCAGCUGAAAGUCUAACAAGUGCUGUGUCAACCAAGACUAACAUAUCCAUCCAAUCAAUGGCAUCAAAAAUAUCAGAAGGUACUCCAUUAGACAUGGAUAAAAGACUGUUAAUGGAACGAGUACCAAGUGCCAUGUCUGCUAAAUCUGAUGUUUCUGUAAGAUCUAAAACAUCAAAUAUUUUGGAUAUCAGCCCCUAUGAUAGUGAUGUAGUAGAAGAGGCAAUAGAGGACUGUGCUCCAAGUGCAAAAUCCAAUAAGUCCAAUACCUCUUCAAGGUCAAAUACACCAAAUAUUUCAACAGUGGCCACUAAAGAAGCAGAUGGUAUAGAGGAAGAAAGGUUAAAAAGACCCUCAAGUGUUAUGUCUUCUAAAUCUGCUGCUUCUGUAAGAUCAACAAAAUCCAAACUGAGAGAUGAAAAAGAUGAUAAUACAGCUGAAAAGACAGAGCAACUGCAGGACAGAUACAUAACAAGUGUUAUGCCUUCUAAACCCAGUGAUUCAGAACUAUCUAAGAAAUCUAAAAGUUCCAAGGCUACAGUGGACAAGUCUGGCGAUUUUGAAGACCAGUCAGAAGAGCAGGCUCCCAGCACAAUGUCCACAAAAUCAAAUACCCCUACAAAAUCAAACAAGUCAGAAAUAUUGGAAACAUGUGUGGGGGAAAAAGAGGAAAGACCUCUAAGUACAAUGUCUUCAAUAUCUAGUGUUUCCAAAAAAUCAGAAAAAUGCAAGAUUUCAGAAGCAGCACGGGAAUGUGACCAUCUAGAAGAGAGACCAGCAAGCAUUAUGUCCAGUACAUCAGUUAAAUCUAAGAAGUCAGUAGUUUCUGAUGCCCCAUGUGAAAACGAGGAAGAAGAAACAAAACAAACUGGUAGAAGAUCACAAAAUGCAUUGUCAGUAAGAUCUCAAAGAUCUAGGCAGUCAAAAGCAUCAGAGGCUCCUAGACAAGACAAUGGCAAUGAAGACAACAGAGAAGGAGCACCAAGUGCCAUGUCUUGUAAAUCCAUUCUUUCAGAUAGCUCUAACCUUGCGCCUGAUGGGAUAGAUAAUACAGGAUCAACAGAAGAUUUACUUAAGGAAACUGAAAGUGCGUAUCAAGAAACAAAAGAUGACAGGGCUGCAAGUGCUAUGUCCCAUAAAUCUCAAAUGUCCUCUCUAUCCAACAAGUCCAAAGACCAAACCCAGGAGAGAGCACUAACCUCUAUGUCAGCAAAAUCUAAUGUUUCUAGAAAAUCUAAAAACUCAAAGAUGGACCAAUCCAAGGACGAAGGUGAAGAAAAGCAUGAAAGAGCUUCCAUUUUAGUUUCCCCCAACUCAAAUAUGUCUGCAAGAUCUAAAAAGCCUGAAUCUUUAGAAGUUGUAUCUCCUGCAGAAGUGGAAAAUCACAGUACAGAGAGAACUCUAAGUUCCAUGUCUGGAAACUCAAAUACAUCUAAAACAUCAAAGAAAAACACUGUUUUAGACUGUUUUAAAGAACCCAAAAAAGCAAACAAGGAAGGAUUGGUAGAAAGAUCUCCUAGUGCCGUCUCUGCUAAAUCUAAUACCUCAGUCAGAUCAAAGGGGUCAGAUACACAAUCAAACAUUCCAAUGGAGAAAAUAUGUCUUCACACCAUUUCUCCUAAAUCUAGUACUUCUAUCAAAGAUGAAAAAUCAAACUUUCGUAUAAUAUCAAAUAAUUCUCUAAAUGAUGAUGCUGUCAAAUCUAAGGAAACUUGUGAUAUAAAGAUAGAGGAAAGGUCACCAAGUGACAUGUCUUCCAAAUCCAGUGUAUCAUCUAUAUCCGUGAAAUCUAGUAUUUCAGCUUUGGCUGGUGGACAGACUGACAUUGUAAGUUUGAAUGAAAGAUCUGAUAGUGCCCUGUCUGGUUUAAAGAUACCUAUGACAGAAAUCCCAAAUAAUGCUGACAAUGAGGAGAGGGCUUCCAGUGCGUUGUCUAAAAAAUCUAAUACCAGUUCAGUUCACCACACUUCUGAAAGAGUUUUAACUCCAGCAAGCCCUUCAGUAUCCAUUGGGAUUGUAGAGGAAUAUGAUGUUGAUAAUGCUGAAGAGGAUAACAGUGUGUCUUUGGCCUCAGUAAAUUCUACUCCACAAUUAAACUCAAAAACUGAUGUGUGUUGCAAAGAUGCACCAAAAAUGACUGAAGAAGAAAAUCAGCAGUGCAUGCAAACACCAGAUGACAGAGCUAAAAGUUCACUGACAGCAGGGACAAUUGUCUCAGAUGAAUCCAAGAAAUCUGAAUGUACUCACAAGAAUUCUUCCCAGCCAAUACCAGACAAUGAGGUGGCAAACAAUAAAUCUGCAAAAAAGAACUCAAAGAAAUCUUCCAGUCACAGUUUGAGCAACAGGUCUGCUCAUUCAGAUUUUGGAUCAUCUAAAACUAAAGACAGAAAUUCUCCAACAGUGACUGACAGACCAAAAAAUAAUAUGUCCAAUACACUGUCGCAUUUGGAAAUAAAUGAACAAAAAAGUUAUGUUAAUGUUACUAAAUGUAACAGUGUAGGUGAACGGUCAAAAAGCAAUCUUUGUGACAGAUACUCUAAAAAAGAGAAAGAGAUUUCAAGGCCACAUUCAGCAGACAUGCUUAUUACUUCAGUUUCAACAGCCAGCAGCCUUUUGAGGCAGAAAGACAAAGAGCCAGUUAUUUCCCUUGGUGUCUCUAAUCAUCGAUCAUCUCCCUCAAAUGAAAAUUCCAACAAAUUGAAUACACCCAGAGAUUUAAAUGUAUGUGGUAGAACCUGCAAUGGUUCCCUGGUUGCUACAGAUUGUAGUAGGAACCUCAAUGAUAACAAAAGUGAAAAAAACAGUAACUCUAGUUGCAGACACAGCAGCAGCUCUUUGGCACAGAACAUAGAUAAUAACCCCUCUGAGUUAGUCCCAUCUAUCCUACCAAGCUCUUCUCCUACCGAAGUAGUGAAUGAAUGGUUGAAGAAAAUUCCACUGGAUAGUGCUUUAUAUGAUGUUGGCGAUGAAUUCCACGAGAACUGCGAGGAAGAAGAACUAUCUAAGAUGUCAGGAAAAGUGACGCAGUAUGAAAGAGGGAAUGGAAGUGAGGGAGAUGCUGAUGCAGAUGUGCUCAGGCCACAAAAUGAGCAACUGGAAGUUGAAGAAAUUGAGAAUAAUGAGAGCAAAGUAUUUGAUAUGAAGGAAACUGCCAAAGACCUUGCAGUUGUAGAAAACAUUCAACCCUGCACUUUUCCUGAUAUCCCUUCUUCUGUCCAGCUUAUGAGAAUUUUACUUAGUCCCAAACUUGGCAGAUGUAACAGUUUACCAGAGAUAUCUACUGUUUAUGGAAGAAAACUUAGCACAUCAGCAAGAGGAUUUUUAGAGAGCCUGGUAAACCUUCAGUUGUUAGAUUUUGAUCCCAAUGAUAUAAAUGGCAAAGCUGAAAAGUACAAAGAUCUCAUGAACAUGCUUCAGUCCCUUUGGCUUUGUGACCCUUCUGACAGAGUGACCAUCACACAGAAAAGCAAAUUUAACAAUCAACAGUCUAAGGAUGAAGAAUUCAAUGUCAAGUCAUCCUCAGGGGUAGAUAUUAACAGUAGCUCCCAAGACUCUGGAAAGAGCAGUGUUAAUGAGAGGACUGUGGCUCAAAAAUCCCAAACAGAGGGUGAAGACAUUGGGAUACUGACGAAGGCACACGAGAUUGAUAAAACAGAGAAGGCUUCUAAAAGCAUAGAAACAAAAUCUGAUUCAGCUACCCCUGAUAUUGCAAGUCGAGUCCGGUGGACACCAGAGAAUGAGGCAGAAGAAAAUAUGCAAGACAGCAACAUUCUUUCAGCUGUCUCAGAUUUUACAACAAGAAAAAAUUAUAGUCCAAGAGAACCACCUGACACAGCAUCUCACAAGAGCUCUGGAAAUGACAGUAAUGCUAAUGAAAAGCUAACUGAACAUGAGGAAGACACAAGUUCAGAAUCCUCAUCAUCAGAGCAAAUGGCUCAGGUGACAAAAAAGGUUUCUCAAGAUCCUGAUCCUGUCUGGGUUCUGAAUCUGUUAAAUAAAAUAGAAAAGCAGUUUAUGACACAUUAUGUCACUGCAAUGGGUGAAUUUAAGGUACGCUGGAACUUAAAUGACAAUGAGCAGCUUGAUGUCAUGAUAUGUGAAUUAAGAGAUGAAGUCCAUAAAAGAAUACAAGCCAGCAUAAACAAUGAACUCAGAAAAAUCCAGGGUCAUGCAGGAAGACCUAGGCCACCAAAAGAAAGCUUGUCACGUGAAUCAAGGAUUUUAACUGAGCAAAGGCACAGGCGUCUGAAAAUAAAUCUCAACCAGUCCAUAGAUCGAGCAGAAAAAACUGAUGAUGACAACACAACAAUACUCAUGCCUGAUUUUAACGAUCAACGAAAGGAUGAUGAAUACUGCCCAUGUGACACUUGCAUGAAAAAGAAAACGUCAUCAAGGCCUGGGUUAGCAAUGGAGGUCUCGACUUCUGCUCCAAUGGGGAUUGACUUUGAUUUGAGAAAAAUUCUCCAUUUAAAAAGAAAAGCUCCCUCAAAUAGCAAAGAAAAUGUGAAGGAAACUGAAAAUGAAGAACAACACAUAGAGGUUGGAAAUCUGGCUGAAAGUGAAGCUGAUACAUCAAAUGAUAAAGCGUUUGGAAAAGAAUAUUCACAGGCUGUUGUGGGAAGCAAACCUCAGGGAAUAAGAAAGGGAAGUUCUAGUUCUCUUGAGGAGGAUGAUACACAAUCAAAUAAAUCUGAACAACUGAAGAAUGAUCAGCCAGUGAAAGAGGGCAAUAAUACCUCUAGGACUCUUAAGCAAGAAAGUCCUAUAGCUGGUGGUGAGCUUAGGGACCAUGUGGAAUUAAGAAAUGGAACUGAAAUUCUGGAGAUGGUCAAUGCCGAUCCAACUGCAGAAGAUGAAAAUGCUCAGAGUGGACCAGCAGAUAUGGGAACUGAAGCUAAAAUAACAGCAGAUGAGGAGGAAUUUUGUGAUGAACUGGCUGAGGACAAAGGGUCUUUGGAAGGUGAAACAGUAAGAAAAGAGCAUGCAACAGAAGCUGGAACUGCAAAAGAAAAUAUAGCAAUUGAGGCUGGUACAGUUGGAGAAAAGGAAGUAGCUGAAGGAGAAUCAACAGAGGGAAAAGGGACUGAAGUAGAGACAUCAGAUGCUGAAACAGGAGAUGAGACAGCUGAAGAGUCAAUGGGAGAAAGAACAUGUGAAAACAAUGAGGCUGCAGAAAGAGAAAUUUCUGAAUCUGAACCUGAAGAAGGAGGCAAAAUACCUGAUGAUGAAAAAGAGAAGCAUGAGGAUGCUAAAACUGAAACUACAGGGAAGAAUAUGCCAGCAAAACCUGAUAUAACAGCAGAAGCAGAAUCAACUAAAGGGGAAGCAGCUGAGAAAGAAAUAGCUACAACUGCAACAGAAGAGCCAAAAAUAAAGUCUGAAAUAAUAGAGGAUGAAAAAGAAGUUGAACAUAAAUCAGAUGGAAUAAUGUAUCUUGAAGAUGGAACAGAUGAAGAAGAUGACAUUGUAGAGGCAGAGAAAAGUGAAAGCACAGAUAAUGAAGAAAGAGAUGCUAACGAGUCAGCUGAGGAAGAUGUAGCUAUAAAGAAAAUAAGCAAAGAGAGUGGUGAAGAUUACUUAUUUGAUGAGGAAAAGACCAGUGAACUUGCAGAAGAUGGAGCUAUAACUGACCGUGAGUCUGCAGAAGGAGCUAAUCCAAUAAACGAUGAAUCAGCAAAAGAAGGAGAAACAGACAGUGAUGAAGUAGAUGCUGAAGGAAAGACAACCAAAGCUGAAACAGCAGCAGAUGAAGAACCAGCUGAUAAUGAAACCGCUGAAUAUAGAGAGAAAUUUUAUGAUGAUACAUCAGAUAGAACAGAGAUAAUUAAAGUCAACACUGCAGAAAUUGGAGAAACAAAUAAUAAUGUACCAACUGACGGUGGAGAGACUACUGGAGUCAAAGUGGCAGACGUUGGAGAGAUAGGUGAAGCUAAAGCAGCAGAAGACGAUGAUUAUGAAAGUGCAGAAGAUGCAGAAACAAGUAAGCCUUCAACAGCAGAAGAUACAUCUGAUGAUGAAACAGCAGAAUAUGGAGAAACACCUAAAGCUAAAAUCACUGAAGAUGGAGAGAUAUCUAAUGAUGGAAUUGCUGAUGAUGAAGGAGCAGUGACAGGUAAAGUUAAAAUAGCAGAAGAUAAAGACACAGAUAAUGAUGAAAUAUCAGAAAUUGAAGAAAUGCCUUGUAAUGAAGCAGCAGAUAGUGGAAUCACAACUAAAGCCAAGACUACAGAAUAUGAAGAAACACAUGAUGAUGGAACAUCAGAAGAUGGAGAGGCUGCUGGAGCUGUAGUGGUAGAUGAUGAAGAGUCAGAUGCAUCAGCAGAAGAAGGUGGAAAUAAUGAUGAUGAUGAUGAUGAUGAAAGAGCAGAAGAGCCAGAGAGGGCUAAAACUGAAGUAUCAGAAAUAGUUGAAGAUGGAGAAGCACAUAAAACUAAGGAUUUAAAUCAGUUUGUUGGAGACAAAAUGAAUGUAGAGAAUGUACGGAAAACUGAAGAUGAACAAACAGAUGAUGGAGAAACAGCUGAUGGAAGAGCACAUGAUGAAGAAGAUACAGAGAUGGAUACAAGUCAAAGUGAAGAAGAGGGUGAAACAGCUAAUGAUGAAGCAGAUAAUGGAGAGAGAGCUGAUGAUGGAACAGCAGAAGAAAGUGGAAAUAAUGAUGAUGAUGAAAGAGUGGAAGAGCCAGAGAGGGCUAAAACUGAAGUAUCAGAAGAGAAAGUUGAUAGUGACAUAGUUGAAGAUGGAGAAGAACAUAAAACUAAAGCUUUAAAGCAGUUUGUUGGAGACAAAAUGAAUAUAGAGAAUGUACAGAAAACUGAAGAUGAACAAACAGAUGAUGGAGAAACAGCUGAUGGAAGAGCACAUGAUGAAGAAGAUACAGAGAUGGAUACAAGUCAAAGUGAAAAAGAGGGUGAAACAGCUGAUGAUGAAGCAGACAAUGGAGAGAUAACUGAUGAUGGAACAGCAGAAGAUGGAGAGACACCAAAUGACAACACAGCUGAUGAUGGAACAGCAGAAGAUGAAAAACCUGCAGAGUCUGACAUGGAAGAGGUUGGCGAGACAACUGAACCUGAAACAGCAGAGGAUGGAGAACAAGAAGAUAAUGGAAGAGCAGAUGGACCGAUAGGUGAUGAUGAAGUAACUGAUGAUGACGCGACCACUGGAACUGAAAAUGAAGAGAAUGAAGAGACAGUUGAGGUUAAAACAGUUGAAGAUGGAGAAACAGCUGAUAAUGGAACAACAGAAGAUGGCGAUACAGCUGAUGAAAGAAAAGCAGAAGAUGAAGAGCUUUCUGAAGAUGAAAUAGCACAGAAUGAAGAAAUUGCUAAAGAAACAUUAGAAGAGUAUGGCCAAACGGAUGACAGUGAAAGUUUGGAGAAUGGAGAAACAGCUGGAGAAGUGAAUGGAGAAACACAUGGAAGUAACACUGCUGAAGCACUCAUCAAUACACACAAUAUUAAAACAAAACAAAACUCAGAGAUGAUGAGUAUAAAUAAGGACACAGGGACAUCUGAAAGUAACAGAUAUAAUGUAAAUACUCAUUUUAUAAACACUGGAGAGUCAGAUGAAGGAGGAGAUGAAGCUGAGGAUGAGACUGAACCUGUUGUUGAAAUAGAUGGAAGAGCUCAAGGGAUAAAAGUUGCUGCUACACAGCCUACAAAAUGGUCACUGCAUAAAGAGGACCAAGCUGAUGAACGAACAAUAGCAUCAUUCGACUCUACUGUGAAAGUGUACACAGGUUCUGAAGAUGAAGCAGAUGCUGAUGGUGAAGAUUCAGAAACCGAAGUACACAAGAAGGAUUGCCGUGUUGAAAAUGAGGAAGAAGAUUAA